AUGGAGGAUAUCCGACCGACCGCGAAAUGGGCGAACCGCAUGUUGCGCCCGUUGACAUCCAUCCACCACCGACUCCAGAAACACUAUGAGAUUCGCAACAGCAUAGCAGACACAAAAUCGAAAGCCAAACCCGAUCACCACGAUUCCGACCGUUUGCGACUCCAACCAAAUAACAAGAAAACCGGUCCAGAAUCAGGCUGCAAUCUUUCAGACGAGGAACCCGACGAUCCAGCAUGGAUUCCAGGGAACCGGGGAAAUCGCCGGCCGAGGCAUAAUUACUCGAAUCGCGGUCAGAGGAAUGGCGCUCGGAGACGCAGUCGACUCUUGAUUAAGAGCCCGGAAGUGCAGAGGACGCUGCCUGGCGCUAUCGAAAUCGCGACCCCGUUGAUCACAGGAACUGCGCCAGGACCGGCGGAAGCGACAUUAUCUAUUCGCAAACGGCUUUUUCGGAAUCCCAUACCACCAGUGAGUGCUGUCGGGGCCAACGAGCGGCGCAGGCAGUCGCGGACGAAUAAACCCAGUUUUCCAGCAUACCAGGGCUCAUGGAAGGAGGUUUUGGAUCUAUCGGGGGAUCCGGGCUUGGUGGAUAUUGCGCGCUUUUUGGAUCGCAUGCUUAUUAAGUUUUUGGAGAAUACUAGGCCCGCUCCGGCGAUACACAAACAUGAACAGGAGGGUCGCGGUGCCCGAUCGUUGCUGUCUAUGGCUGCGCGACGGCUUCCGGAGUUCAUUGCUGAGGAGCAGCGCCUGCAGGAUGAGGCGGAGCCGGAUGAGGAUGUUGAUAUGUGUGAUGCAUACUUUACCGAACUUGAAGCUCAAUAUGCUCCUGGCGGCGGUGGAUGGCAGCCGCUUCGUGAAGCUGUGCGUGCGCAAGGCAUCCAUCUGAUUUCGGAGAUGAUGCAGAGAGAAUGGGUACCCAAAUUGGCUGCCUGUCGCUUGCUAGAGCAAUGUCUUGAGCACAGGGAGUUGGAUGCUUUCGAAACACUUAUAUCACGAUAUCUUACGACCGUCAAGACACACGACUACCCAACGGCUUUUGACCCUUCGAAACCUGCGGGCCACUGCGAUAAUCCUAUCUACAUACUGCGCAAUUACUAUUCCAAGGCCCCUGAAAGGAGAUCUUUUAUUUUUGAUGAGAUGACAAAGCUCCUGUCUCGUGGGGCUUUUCCGCCAGAGUGGAUGGUCACCACAAGAUGGAAAAAGUGCGUGGACGGGGCUAUCCGGUCACUGUCAAUUGGCGACGAAGAUUCAGCUGCUGCGACCCGGACUAUCGAGGCUAUCAUCCUCUCAUCUGCUGGUAUCUACCCCGCCACGGAUUCGCUGGUAGCUCGGAGCAAGGGGAGAAAGGUACCUCGGUCUGUACGUUUAAAGGACACCCGUGCGUCGGUAACGAAGCCUACAAGCGUGCCUAAAGACCAAGCUCCAUGCCCUGUUCCCAUCCAGGAUGCGCUCAGCAAUCUUUCAGCGAGUCUGAUUACCGCACUCUGUGGCAUGUAUAUGGCACGGACGCAAACCUCUGGCGUCAAUGACAAGUUGACAGGCAGGAAGGUCAGGCAUAUUGUUGAGGCACUGUCUUUCGGGGUGCAACGGGCGAUCGGAUUGGUACUAUCGCGGCGUGAGAUGGAGGGUCCAAGCUUCCACUCCCUGCGUCGGGGAUACAUCUUGUUGGGUGAGUGGACGCUGCAGUGCAGUGAAAAUUGCACGCCCGAGGUCAUUGGCCAGUCCGACGCCAUUUCGCCAGAAAACUUAGAAUCGCUUUGUCUAUCGUUGGUACAUCAAGAGAAUGCAAUCAAGCAACUAGCGGAUUUUGUCCAACAAGUCUUUCGAUGCUGCGGCCAUGAGCGCGAAGAUGAUCUUGCGAGGACACCUCGGAAAAUUCGAGCGAUCGUAUGGCGGCUUGCGCAGGUGACGACGAUGAAGGGCAUUUCUCUGCUCCUCGCCAAGGUGGCUGCGGAAACAGCAAUGGCGCUGGCGGAGGUUACAUUGGAUGUGGAUGACCACGCGUGGGCUCUCGAAAUCCAAGAACAAGCCGCUUCAUCCCAGCAAGAUAGAAAUGCUCAUCACUCUGCCGCAUUGGCGCGUGUGCCACAAACCGAUGUGAUCCGCCUGUAUCGAUGGGAAGAAAGCAUUGGGGAAUGGGUAGCCAGCACGCCGGUCGCCAAACCCGUGGCUCCCCGUAAUGACGGCGCUUCAAGCCCUGCGGCUGCGAGAGCUGAGCGGCGACCAGCGGCGAUAGCCUGUUCGAUCAGUAGCAAGUCGCCCAGCCCUGAACCUUCGGAGGAGGCUGCAUCCAGCGUGACAUCAUCUGCGCCAUCGAUGAGCUGGAAACGCGAACGUGGGACAAAUGAUUGGAGGCCACCGUCACCCAAGAGACUUCGGUCAAGUUCGAGGAGGAUGGCUGCGGCUGGUUCCCUCGAACCCAAUUCUGCACCGAUAGCCACCCGGGCGCGGGCGGCCCUUCGCGAUCUACCCCAGGCCAAGAACAGCGCCUUGAAGAAGACGGGACUACAAUCGGGCCCAAUCACACCCAGCAACUCCCGGGCGGACCCUACCAAAGUGACUCCCCUGAUUGAGGUGGUUAUCAUCAACCAGCCCGUCUCGGUGAAGCCGCUGAUUCGGACUCCCAGUAUGGCACGGCAACAACAAGAACAACAGCCACCACCCCCAACACUGAUUUCCAGUCCAUCGGAGAUGCAGGGUCCUCGACGCUCCACUCGUACGCGACCUCCCCCAGUCGAGCGGAUAAUUCCGUGCUCGGACGAUGAUAGCGAAGACGAGCUGAGUUUUCUGUUGUGA